AUGCAUUUGAUCAAGCCGCAGUGGUUGACCCACCCAGGUGAUCUGAAGGACUUUGAAGUAUACAGCUGCCAUGUCUCGCCCGAUGGAAAGCGCCUUGUCACCGCCGCCGGAGACGGCUACGUGCGAAUAUGGUCCACCGAAGCCAUUCUGAAUUCGAACAAUCCUGAAUACACCAAACCGAGGCAGCUCGCAGCUGUUAGCCACCACUCGGGCACGAUCCACGCGGUGCGAUUCUCCUCGAACGGCAAAUAUCUAGCAUCCGGUGCAGACGACAAGAUCGUGUGUGUCUAUGCGCUAGAUCCGAACGCACCUACACAUGCUGCUUUUGGCUCAAACGAAGCGCCGCCCGUCGAGAACUGGCGCGUCAUUCGCCGCCUCAUUGGUCACGACAACGAUGUGCAGGACAUUGGUUGGUCUUUUGAUUCGUCCAUCCUGGUAUCAGUGGGAUUGGAUUCAAAAGUAGUGGUCUGGUCAGGGCACUCCUUCGAGAAACUGAAGACGCUGUCAAAUCACCAGAGUCACGUCAAGGGCAUCACGUUCGACCCCGCGAACAAGUACUUUGCGACUGCAAGCGACGACCGUACCAUCAAAGUCUACCGUUUCAACUCUCCGCCAUCGAAUGCUACCCAGCAGGACCAAGUCAACAACUUCAUGCUCGAACACACCAUUACCACGCCGUUCCAAACCUCGCCUCUUACCACCUACUUUCGUCGUUGCUCUUGGUCGCCAGAUGGAGCUCACAUCGCCGCUGCGAACGCUACCAACGGACCAGUGAGCUCUGUUGCAAUCCUUGCCCGUGGAACAUGGGACGGCGACAUCAGCCUGGUCGGUCACGAAGGGCCAGUGGAGGUAGCUGCUUUCUCGCCCCGACUGUUCUACAAGGACCCACCCAAAGAGAUUGAUGGCACUGUGUACCAACCGACGGUGACAAUCGUCGCCUGCGCAGGCCAAGACAAGUGCCUGAGUGUAUGGAAUACGAGCUUUCCCAGACCCUUCAUGAUCUCACAAGAAUUGGCCGGCAAGUCCAUCUCAGAUCUGGCGUGGGCACCAGGCGGAGAGGUCUUGUACGCUACGAGUCUGGACGGCAGUAUCCUGACGCUGGUGUUUGAGACUGGGGAGCUUGGCUACCCUGCAUCGUUGGACGAGAACGACAAAACGUUAUCGAAAUUUGGUGCAGGUCGAAGAGUUGGGAUCGUCGAAGGCACAGAUGCACUGCUACUCGAAGAAAGUGCUAAAAGUGGAGAGCUGAAGGGCGUACAGGGUCGCAUGGGAGCACUGAUGGGUGACGGCGGUGCAGUACAGCCUCCAACGAUCACCACGAAUGGCACCAACGGCGUAUCGCCAUCAGCAGCUCUCACGAACGGAGCCGCCACUCCAGUUGCGCCAGCAGCGCCGGCCGAGCCUCCUGCAGACCAGCGAGUCGAGAAGCUCAAGCAGCGAGUGACGGUGACCAAAGAGGGCAAAAAGCGUAUAGCACCGAUGCUUGUCUCUUCAUCGUCAGGUGUUGGCGCAUCGUCGUUACCACAGACGCAAUUGCUCUCUGCAGCAACCACAUCAGUGGGCAGAAGCGACAACCCACACAAUAUAUUGGACCUCUCGAAGCCAUACGAUGGUUUUCCCAAGGGUGGACUCGCAUCCAUGCUGGUCGGCAACAAGAGAAAGUUUGCAGAGAUCGAGGGCGAUGAGGACCGACAAGUCGAGCGAAGACUAGCCGCUACCGUUCGAUCAGGUGGUGCUGCUAUCGUGCUCAACAGUGAGAACGGUCUCGUGCCUCCUGCUGCUGCUGCUUCAAAGAGUGCUGAACACGAACCUGCUAAAGUCUUGCGACCGGCCAUCGUAAGUCCUUCACUGAGCGUCAGCCAGGUGCGACUCGCAGUGCCCAAAGUCAGGAGUGUCAUUGUCCGCACGAUGGAUGGCAGCGAACCGCCGCAGCAGAAUGGAGUCGACCCCAAUACAGGGAAGGCCGAACUUACAGACACAGUCAUACUGGAAGCGCGAAACGCUACUGGACCAUCUCGCACGGGUCGAUUCCAAGACCAUGACCCUGUGAGAAUAAGCUGUACGAAAAAAGGCCAAGCACUAUGGCAGGAUUACCUACCAAAGGCAGUACUUCUGGUGACUGGCAAUACCAACUUCUUCGCAGCAGCUUGUGAAGACGGAUCUGUGUAUGCAUGGUCACCAGCAGGUCGUCGAACGCUCAACGCCAUGAUCCUGGAAGCACAACCUGUUAUCAUGGAUUGUCGUGGCUGGUGGUUGAUGGCCAUAUCAGCAAUCGGUAUGUGUUAUGUGUGGAAUCUUAAGGACAUGUCUGCGCCUCAUCCACCAAUCUCAGUCGCACCAAUCCUAGACGUUGCGGCGCACACCCAAGGUCCUCAUCUCACAAAAUCUCCUGGUAUUGUGUUUGCGCGCCUCAACUCUGAAGGCAGGAUCAUCAUUGCCAUGUCGAACGGUGAUGGCUAUACGUACAACCCCAACAUGUACAUCUGGCAACGGAUAUCAGAACCAUGGUUCGCUGUUGGGAGCCAGUACUGGAAUACUACGGAUUCUUCUCUCGGUAACAUACGAUCGUCACAGGAGAAGAAUGCUCCGAAAGAGAAGGAUGACCAAGUCUCCUUGGAGAACAUAUCAGCGGGUAUUAUACCGUCGCUGGAACGCAACACGACAAACCAGUUUUUGCUCCAGGGCCGAGCGUUCUAUCUUCAACGUCUUAUCAAAGCGCUCAUCUCUGCGGAGGGAUACGAGACCUUUGAAAGCUGUGUUAGCGUCGCACAUCUUGAAAACAGAGUCGCUGCAGCUAAGACACUGGGGGCGCGUGAAGAGUUCAAGAUCUACCUGGCCAUGUAUGUUAAACGCAUUGGUGCUGAGGGGCUCAAGGGCAAGAUCGAGGAACUACUGCGAAGCCUGUCUGGCGAUCUUCUUGCUGAGGAUGAAGGUGAAAGCAAGGACGCAGAUACGACAGACAACAGCGUUUGCGGAUGGAAGAAGGAGGAUCUCUUGAAAGAAGCGGUGUUGAUCCUUGGUAAACACCGCGACCUCCAGCGCAUCACUGUACCAUAUGCACGUCUUCUUGGUAUCGUUCAUGAGCAUCAGCAGCAGGACGAGGCUAUGGUCACCGAUCUGUAG